AUGCAUCAGUGGUCUUCACUGAUCGGUAUUGUGACUGCUUUGAUUGGCAAUGUCCUGAUAUCUUUGGCCCUCAAUAUCCAGCGAUACGCGCACAUUCGGAUCGCCCGCGAAUAUGAGCUCGAUAAGCUACAUAAAGAAGACGGAUGGAGACGGUCAGAUUCUAGUGCUGAGGCUUCUGGUCAAUACGGUUCAGUGGGAGAAGAUGGUGCUCGGGGGCGACUACCGCCACAGGGCAGGCAGAACGGCAAUCAUCAACACUUCGAGGCUUAUCGUGACGAGGAAAAUGAGGACCAAGCACCUAUUCCUAGCCGAGAUGAAGGUCAAUCAUCAGAGAGUAUGCACGCUUCCUUUACAUCUGACCGGACUGCUCGUCCGGAAAGUGUGGACGAACUAAGUGAUCGCAAGUCGUAUCUUCGGUCACCAUACUGGUGGGUUGGAAUUAUCCUCAUGUGCCUCGGUGAAACAGGAAACUUCAUGGCGUAUGGAUUCGCUCCCGCAUCGAUUGUUUCGCCUCUUGGUGUUGUGGCCUUGAUCUCGAAUUGCAUUAUUGCGCCUUGCUUGCUCAAGGAGAAGUUCCGGGGUCGGGAUUUAUGGGGUGUACUUAUCUCCGUCGCUGGUGCUGUGGUGGUUGUUCUGAGCGCUAAGUCAUCCGAAGAGAAGCUGGGCCCUGAUGAAAUUUGGGCCAUGAUCACUACGUGGGAGUUCGAGCUUUAUCUGGGGUUGACGUCUGCUCUGAUCCUCGGUCUCAUGUGGGGAAGCUAUGUGUAUGGUCCACGGUCGAUCCUGAUUGAUGUCGGUCUCGUGGCGCUGUUCGGUGGAUAUACCGCGUUGUCUACUAAAGGUGUUUCUUCGCUGCUGUCAUUCACUCUUUGGCACGUUAUCACAUUUCCCAUUACAUACCUGCUUGUUUUCGUUCUUGUUUUCAGCGCGGUGAUGCAAAUCCGUUAUAUCAAUCGUGCUUUGCAACGCUUCGAUUCCACACAGGUGAUUCCAACUCAAUUUGUACUAUUCACCCUCUCUGUGAUCAUUGGAAGUGCAGUGCUGUAUCGGGAUUUCAACUCCAUGUCAGCUGCUCGCGCAGGGAAAUUUGUGGGAGGUUGCUUCAUGACCUUCCUCGGAGUUUACUUCAUUACGAGUGGUAGAGUUCGAUCAGAUGAUGAGUCUACAUUUUCCACAGAGGACGAGGAAGAAGCCAUUGGCUUGUUGGAUGGUGAAAGAUAUCAAGACCGGGUUGAUUUAUCUCCCCCGAACCAGUCUCUAAGAGCAGCGAAGAAUGUGCAGGUCCCUGAGAUUGGCCACGAAGAAACAACAUCGCCUCCAGGCUCUCUUCUGAGUCAUGGUAUUGAUGGGGUCGACGAUGAUGAGGUCACCCCUCGCGGUGCUCUUUCUGUAGCACCAUCCUCACUAAAUGGCUCCUUGGCGGCCGAUUCGGCUAUAUCAGGACCAUUAUUCGAUCACAGUUCACCAUUGCGGCCUGCUUCUCGUAUGUCAAAUCCAUGGGCAGAGUUCUGUGACGAGACUGUUGCUUCUACUAAAUCAGAUCCUGAAACGCUUCGACCCAUCACCCCGCCGACUCAGGGUAACCUUACAGAGUCAACAGUACUCUUGCGAUUUCCUUCAGCUCCAGGCAUCGAAGAGGGCUCACCAGCUACCAAUUCCCCCAAUGCUCGAAGGGCUUCUACACCUGUCGUGGGUGGUGCGCCGUUACUUGGUGGAAGAGCUCACACGAGUGCCGAAACACCUACCCGGCGCGUUCUGCGUAACUCCAUAUCACAUCGAUUCUCACCUGGCCCCAUCCUUCCUACACUCUCAGGUGGAUUCAGUGCUGUUGUGGCAGACUCUCUCCUGCGUGGAGAGGGAAGCCCUUUCAAAGACCGCUCUCGACGAAGAGCAGCCCGUCGGAGACCACUGGAAGGUGCUUUCGGUGACAGUCCAUAUCGCGACCAGGAAGGAGAUGUCGGUCCGCUUGGUGAAUCCCAUGAUAAUGAUACUUCACUCACGCUCGCUACGGCACGACUCCAGUCUGCCACAGAUCUGGCUACCCCUCCAGCAGAGGGAGGCCGUUCAACUCCUGCGCUCGCUACCGAAAUCUACAAUCCGCCUACCCAAAAAUCAAACGAGGAGACUACACGUCUCCGCAGCUUCAGCGACUCAUGGAGUGGUGGCCUCGCGUGGCUAGGCGGCGCAUUAAGGAAUACAACCCAGACUGAGACCAUUGAUAGUGGUGCGGCGACUCAAGGAACUGCCACGCCGCAGAAUGCCGCGACAACGUCUGCCGAUGCGUCUAAGACAGAUAGCUCCACUGCUGCCGAAUCGUGA